AUGUUUGCAGGAUUGCAUGAACGUGCUAGGUCUGAGCCGACGGAGAAAACAUUGGAUUUUGUCCUUUCCCCAGUCCUGCAAAGACUAACCCAGUUAUUCUGUAUUCUAGAAAGAAGCACCAACGAGCCAGGAAGAUGGAAAAUCACACAUGCACCAUUCAUCUUGAUGGGGCUCUUGACUGUACAGGAGUUGCAAGACGUUCUGUUUGCACCAUGCCUACUGCUCUGUCUGUGCCUGAUAAGUGGCAAUAGUGCUAUUGUUGUCAUGAUCUGCUUGGAUGCCCGACUUCACUUUCCUAUGUAUUUUUUCCUGUGUAAUUUCUCUGUGGUAGAGUUGAUGGUAACAACGACAGUAAUCCCAAGGAUGCUCACAUAUCUGAUGGCUGAAAGGAAAGCCAUCUCCUUUGGUGGGUGUCCGACUCAGUUUUACUUCUGCUUUUCUCUGGGAACCACAGUGUUCCUUCCACUGGCUGUAAUGUCAAUCGACUGCUAUGUUGCCAUCUACAACCCUCUGCACUAUUCCACCUUCCUGAGCAGCCGUGUCUGCAUCCAGCUUGCCUUGGGAUCAUGGAUGAUUUCCUUCUUCUCCAUGAUCCCUCCAUCAAUUUUCAGGGGCCUCCUGUCAUUUUGCAGAUCCAACCAAUUCUGUGACAAUGCCCCCUUGCUCAGACUCUCCUGCUCAGAUACUCACCACUCUGAGCUCUGGGAUUUCCUUCUUACAAUUCUGUUUGUCUUAAGCUCUUUUACUGUGACAAUAGCAUCCUAUGUUGCAAUCAUAUCUACCAUCUUGAGGAUCCCAUCUGCUACUGGCCAUCAAAAGAUGUUCUCCACCUGUGCCUCACACCACACUGUGGUGGUCAUUGGCUAUGGCACCACCAUUAAAAACUAUUCCACAAAUAUGAACAAAAUGGUGGACCUGUUGACAUCUAUUGUGACUCCAUUUCUAAAUCCCUUCAUCUUCACUUUGAGGAAUUAA